ACGUCAAGAUUCUCCCGACACCACACCAAGAAGAGAAGACCCCUCUGCUUCAUCUCCUUCCUCUACUCUUCUGUCUCUAGUUUCCUCGCGCACAUCGAUAAGCACGAAACAAUGGCUUGUGUUCGUUCGAUAGGGUCUUUAAAUUCUGUCACUCAUUCUCCUCGACAUGUUUCACGCACCUCAGGCAUUGUCAUGUCUUCAUGCUCGCCCUCCUCCUUCACUGGCUCUCCCAUUUCCCUCUCUCGACUCCAUCCACCAUAUCCAACAACUCUGAGACCAAGAACUCUCGUCCCAAUCACGAUGAUGGUCAAGCCGGCGCUCCAGUUCAUCCAAGGUACCGAUGAGCUGACGAUUCCUGACGUUAAGCUGACUCGGUCAAGGGACGGAUCUAACGGAAUGGCACUAUUCUCUUUCGACCAACCAUCGGUUUUCGACUCGAGCGGUGAGGUCGGUGAGAUAACGGGUUUGUACAUGAUUGAUGAGGAAGGUGUGAUUCAGUCGACGGAUGUGAACGCUAGAUUCGUGAACGGGAAACCGGAAGGCAUUGUGGCGAAGCAUGUGAUGAGGACGCCGAAAGAAUGGGACAGGUUCAUGAGGUUUAUGGAGAGGUAUUCUGACCAGAACGGUUUACAGUUCGUUAAGAAGCAAUGAGGUUGGGGACUAUUCUAUGAGCAAAAUGUGUAUGUUACAUUUCAAAAAAAAAAAAACUAUUGGUUUAUAAUUUCUCUCAUAGUUUUGAUCAUUAUUUGAGUUUUCAAUUCUUCAAUGGUACUUUUAUUAGAAUGGUUA